CCUUGUUAUUUGAAGGUCAGGUCGAUAGCUCAUUCAAGACACCACUCAUUCACAUCAAUGCAAGUAUGAAAUAGUUGGUAUUUAGUUUGCCCCACUUGAUAUACAAUAAAAAUAACGCGAUAAAACACCCAAACCACAUUGCCUAAAGACUUGGCUCCUAAAUGGACCCUAAAUAUCUCUGCUUGUCUCUGUCCCCUUCUGUCUUGCUCUCUCACUGUCUCUCUCUCUCUCACUCUCUCCUCACCCUCCCUUAUGUUGUCGCCGGUGAACGGUAUAAUCCCUUGCCGUCCCCGCUUCACUUCAAGCCCGUAUUGAAUUCCCCUAAACCCCCAGCUGCCGUUCUGGUUCCUCUAUGUGAACACGACAGACUGUGAAGCGCUCUCGGUUAUUAAUAAUUCACCAGCCACUCCACGUCUCCAUCCACGUCCACAGAUCAGCCCGAUCGCUUCUGCAUGCAUGUGCCAUGCAGAGGUAACACGUUUAUUUUGGCAACUACUCUUACAUAGGCCACUUCACACGCAUUAUAAUUUCAUUUGACUUAUUUCUAACGUAAACGCGUCACCGCGUUCUUCAUUCUGGCAGCAUCAAAGCUUAGCCUAUCUAUUCCUCUCACGCCUCGCGUAUGAUUUCGCAAUAUCCACUUUGCCCAAAAUGACGUCCUCUCCAUAAUAAUUGAUCGUGUAAUCCAUGCACUAAGAAGGAGGAGGAGGUCAUGGAGAUCACCACGAGCAGGUCUCCGGUGGGACGGAUGGAGCACCAAUUCAAACAGAGUCCCUGAGUCGCAACAGCUGAUCUGAACUGCGCCGGGAGAAAGUUGCAAGCGUCGGCGCACGUCUGCGCGAUCUCGGCUCGAGCCGCUGGAGACACCGUAUACCGGCGCUAUUCGGAGGGAUUCGUACCGGAGAGAUUCAGUUAACGUUGGAUUCAUCCUGUCGAACGGUCUUCGUUUCGACGUUUUCACACACGAACCUGCUGAAAGAAACGAACGCACCUUCGCGACUCCAGCGAAUGUGAAGUUUCCGUGCGUAAAAGUUGGUCAUUUUGCGCGACCCAGCACGGGCCCGUCCCGCAAUCCGGUUCUUCUGCUUCCGGUAUCAACGAAGAAAACCCGACUCGUUUGAGUUUCCUCACCAACCACAGUCUUUUUUUUCGGGGGAAAGUUUUUUUUUUGGAGGAGUAAAAUGAGUCUUUGAGACUGUUGGCAAUAUUCCCCGCUCCACAAUGGCCACCGAACCGUUUCUGGUGAAUGAAGAUCCGUCCAGAGCUCCUGGGAUACCCGAGUGCUUCGUUGUAUCAGAUUCAUACAGGCCUCAGUUUGAACGUGAAAGCAGUGUGUGGCAGUCAGGUGCAUCGGGCCGUGAAGAUAUCUCAGUGGAUGAAUUUCAUCCCUUCAUCGAGGCUUUGCUGCCACACGUCCGUGCGUUCUCCUACACCUGGUUCAACCUCCAGGCCCGCAAGCGCAAGUACUUCAAGAAGCACGAGAAACGCAUGACGAAGGACGAGGAGCGCGCCGUCAAAGACGAGCUGCUGGGCGAGAAGCCCGAGAUCAAGCAGAAGUGGGCGUCGCGUCUCCUCGCCAAACUCCGCAAAGACAUCCGGCCGGAGUUCCGAGAGGACUUCGUGCUCACCAUCACGGGGAAGAAGGCGCCGUGCUGCGUGCUCUCCAACCCCGACCAGAAGGGCAAGAUCCGGCGGAUCGACUGCCUGCGGCAGGCCGACAAGGUCUGGCGUCUGGACCUGGUGAUGGUGAUCCUGUUCAAGGGAAGCCCACUAGAGAGCACAGACGGAGAACGCCUGGUGAAGUCCCCGCAGUGCUCCAACCACGGCCUGUGCGUCCAGCCACACCACAUCGGGGUGUCUGUCAAAGAGCUGGACCUGUACCUGGCCUACUUCGUACACUCGCCAGAAUCUGGACAAUCGGACAACUCCAACCAGCAAGGAGAAGCAGACAUCAAGCCUCCGCCCAAUGGACACUUGAGUUUCCAGGACUGCUUUGUGACGUCAGGCGUGUGGAACGUGGCCGAGUUGGUCCGUGUGUCACAGACACCUGUUGCCACGGCAACCGGACCCAACUUCUCUCUGGCCGAUCUGGACAGUCCAGGAUAUUACAACAUCAACCUAGGUCGCCGCUCCAUAACGUCCACACCAUCGACCAGGGCUGAGAUGGAGUUGUAUGCCAGUCUACCACGGAGUUCCAACAAGCGUAAGUCUAUUGAUGACAGUGAAAUGGAGAGCCCAGUGGAUGAUGUCUUCUACUCGGGUCGUUCUCCUGCCCCAGGAGCAUCUCAGCCCAGCGGUUGGCCAAAUGAUGUUGAUGCAGUGCAGCACCAUUUGGCCAGUAUGCAGGAGAGGAAGAUUAAACAUGAGAACGAAGGCGUGCAGUUUCCUUACCAUGGGCUCUCGUCGCCUGGUUCUCUUAAGAAGCCGGGGAAAUUCGAUUUCAACGCUCUGUCCGGCCAUUCGAGGUCUGCCCGCAUGCCGUUCACCCAUCACCCGCUGCCCAUGCUGGCAGGUGUGAGACCAGCAGGAAGUCCCCGUGCCUCAGCUUCCUCUCUGCACUUCCCCUCUCCCUCCAUCAUCCAGCAGUCCAGUCCGUAUUUCACUCACCCCACCAUCCGAUACCACCACCACCCGGGGCAGGACCCGCUCAAGGAGUUUGUGCAGUUUGUGUGUGCUGACGGAUCAGGACAGGCCAGCGGUCAGCCGAACGGAGGUGGCCAGAGCAAAAUGCCGGGCUCCUUCUUGCUUCCUCCACCCCCCCCUGUGGCGCGUCCAGUGCCCCUCCCAAUGCCAGACUCUAAACCCAGCAGCACGCCCCCCGAUGUUGGACUCACCUCACCCACAUCUCCGUCAUACUCCUCGUCAGGCUCCACAGCUCCCAACAGGUUUGUCAGCAUCGGAUCACGGGACAACAACUUUCUGAACAUCCCCCAGCAGACGCAGUCAUGGUUCCUUUGACGAGACCUGCCUGCAACCUGUCAACACAAUUCGGAAGUUUUAUUUAAAAAAUAAAGACAUCCUAUUUGGAAAUCCACAGCCUCGCCCUCUUCUGAACACACCCUAAGACACCUUAUCAGAGUAUUAUUGGGAAACGUUCAAGCCUGUUUUUGCCAAUCACCAGAUGCCCUUUGACCCCCAAACCCCCUGAAGACUGUAGGAUCAUCACACGAGGUCAGGGACCGACACACGCACCUCACGCAACAACCAGCGGCAAAAUAAAGGAAGAACUCAAUGAAGAGACAUCAUGUUACUAAGAGCAAGGAUGUAGUGUACAGUGGCUGGGAUUAUACACAGUAACCGUUACAGUGGUAAACAUUCACAAACGACAAAAAAAAAAGAGUAAAAACAUUCAGCGGUGUUUGUUUUCAACGCACAGACGACACUGAAAGUGUUUAGAGCCCCAGACGUUUGGCGUUUUUUAAUCAGCAUUCGGCGUUUUUAUUUUAUGUUUUGCUUUUGAAUUUUAGUUGAAAUACUAAAAAGUAUUGCACUACAAAAUGAGAAGAACACUAGUUUGAUGUGCACUAUCGAAACAUGGGAUACACGGCGAACAUUAUUUGCACAUUUAUUGCGCAGAAAAAUUAAACUGACACAGCGCCCUUAAGCGACACAGACACAUCUCACAUUUCAAGCCCCCGCCAUCGUUCAAACAACAAACGUUUGGGUACCGAAAGGUUUAUUCAGUAUAAUAACAAGAAGGCUCGCAACCAUGUGUCCCAUUUUGAAACCAUUUUUUAAGAAAUUGGUUUUAUCCAUUUUUCUUUUGAUGGUAGCUACGCUCAAAAAAAUGUUGGGUUAAAACUCACGAUUUGGUAAAAUAUAGACAAACCCAACUGCUGGGUUAUUAAUAAACAUGGGUUUAAAAGACAAGAUCAAAUUUGGGCUGUUUUAUAAACGAUAGCCCAAAAAUAAAUAAAUAAAGUCAAACAUUUUGGCAUAUUUUGGUAUUUUUUAUUCAUAGCCGGACUAUCGGGUCUAAAGGUAACCUAUACAGUAAAAUUACGCCUAUUGCUUGCUGGGCAAUGCUGAGUUGUUUCUACCCAACCAAAGGUUUAUUUAUAACCCAAUGGUUAGGUAUGGCCAUAUUUUUUGCAAUUUUUUUGAGUGUAUUUAAAAAGUUUCUUAUGAUUGGCCUGUCUAAAUCGUAGCAAAGCAUCACGGUGAGCCCUACUAAAGACACGCCCACUUCUGAUUUAGUUUACGUACAGUAUUUGUUUACACUCCCAGAAGUCCGUGAUCCAAGAACACGUGAUGUUUCUGCGGAGGAAAAGAUUGUGUGACAUAUCAUAUUUGUGCUUAAAGGGAAAGGGGGCCGGACAUCAUUUUGUACCGUCAAAUUCGUCAUAAACACAUGCACACGGAUCCAAACCCGCGCCAUCAUCGCAGUUCGACUAUAAAGGGAAGCCUUGAUAUUCUGGUGGACGACCACAUCACUUUAAUUUUGAACGAAAACCAGCGAUCUCACAAAAUAACUGGACUGCCUGACCAUGUAUCUCAGCGCAGGGAAGCACCGUUGCCGAAAGGCGGCCGUGUCAUCGGUUCGGUAGAAAAAAAAACUUAGCAGGACGGCAAUGGUCUUUUCUUUUCUAAUCAAAGGAAGUGCCUCUGUAUUCCCAUUAUGCAAUUUGUUAAACAUGAAUUCAGGUUAUUUUCUUGCAUAUAAGCUAUAGAGGAGCGUGAAAUUUUUAUGAGAAUAAAAACAAGUGUCAGCUUAAUAGUUACAAACAUCUUUAUAUAUACAGGAUAUAUCCAUAUAUAUAUUUAUAUAUACGUUUUCUUUUUUCCUUCUUUGCCUAAUAAGCUCAGUGGCAGUCUAGUUAUUUUUUGAAGUAUGACAUGAUCAUCAGUUCUCAUAAACCAGUCCCGAAACCCCCUUCUGCACUUACAGUAUAGCAUAGGCCUGAAUAGUGUUCGGCAAAAUCGGCAGAAAUCGGAUUUCUGCGGAUAGCGUAGACGAGAGAGAAAAAAUGCACGGCUUUUGAUUUCUUUCGUGUUUGGACGGGACGUGUUUGUUAUUGCGAAAUAAAGUGUGUUGAAUGAGCCACGUGCAAUGCCUUGAGUAGAAACUGUGUUUGUGAGUGUUAGGGUGUACAGGAAAAACCUAGCGGUGAAAAACCUAUUUUAGUAAAGUCCAAACUGCCCGGGACUCUAAAUGAAAGGGUGGAGAACGAACGAGAGAGAAACAAACGGUCUUUGUAAGUUUUGGGAAUUUGUUUUGUAAUCUUUCUUUUUCUGCUUUUUUAACGUUUAUUUGUAAUUUGAUUUGUUCUCAAAACUUACGAGGGCUGGUGAGGCAGAAUAUAUCACUAAAUAAAACAGGUGCUUUUUAUGGAUUAAAGUACAUUCAAUCUCUAUUAUACCUGUACGUAAUAAUACGACAAACGUAAGUGUUAUCUUAAAAGAAAUUUUAGGAAAAAUGUUCAUUACUCUUUCUCUUUUCUAUUUACUUAUGGUGGGGGGGGGGUUCACUUCGCUCGUGGUUGUGACUAAAGACAUUUUCCCUCCAAACUUGACGGAUAAAAUCCUAAUAGAUGAGCUGCUGAGCUUUUAUGACUAGCAAAAAUUAAAAAUUUCUAGUAUUUUUCACAUACACUGUUAAAAAAUUGUGCACUUACAUUUUUAAGUAUAAUCAACUAAAAAUUACCGAGCUCCUAAGGUGACAUUGGAGUAAAAACAAGUUUAGUUUCAUGUGCUCACGCGAAACCUUCACGUGCAGAAUUUUUUUAAAGUUUCGCGUGCACACGUAAAACUACCGCGUUUAGUUUCACGUGCGCAUGUGAAACUAUCGCGUGCGCACUUGAAUCUUUCCCGUGAUCAAAUAUGAUUGCUAACAAAAGUCCUUUACAAAAAUGCAAUUGUUUUAUUUUUUUCUCAAAAUUUGUUUAUUAUUUACGGAGCCCCUAAGGGGACAUGGAGAAAAAAUAAAAAAAGAUUUUUUAUAAAGUUUAGUUCCGCGUGCGCAUGUGAAACUAUCGCGUUUAGAAAAGUUUCGCUUUCAAGUGCGCAUGGGAUAGUUUCACGUGCGUACGCGAAACAAAACGCGAUAGUUUCAUGUGCGCGCGCGAAACUAAACUUUAAAAAAAUAUAAAAAAAUUAUUUAAAAAAAAUUAGGGGCUCCGCAAAUAAUCAACAAAUUUUGAGAAAAAACUGAAAUAAUUGCAUUUUUGUAAAGGACUUUUGUUAGCAAUCAUAUUUGGUCAAAACAUAGACACAGUUUUUACUGUUUUUGGAUCAGUUGAUGCUUCAGUGUUUUAUAAGUUGGGUAAGAGCACCACCUAGUGGAUAAUAGCAGAAAUAUAGUUUGCCGUCAAAACGCGUUUUCUAGAAAACUUUUCUAGAAAGAGUUAAUGAAUAAAGUUAAAAUAACUUAAGCUAAUUCAACUUUGUUUUAUAAGUAACAGCAACUCAUCACUAGUCAUAAUAAAAAACAAGUUGAUUAUACUUAAAAAUGCCAUUUUUUUUUUAUAGUGUACGUCAUCAUAUAUCAUACUAUGCAUUGCAGUUUCGUAGGACUUUCAUGCUUUGGGUCGCCGAAUUAAACCGUCGUGGUCCUUAACAAACUUGAACUUUGCUGGUAUUUUGUGUGUGCGUGGAAAAUGUCAAACUUUUUAGAAACGUAUGACAAGUUCUUCCCUGUUUUUGGGAGAGGCUUUAACACAGCACGAAUAAACUACUUUGGCCCUCGUAAGCUAGAAACAAUGUUUGAAGGUCGACGAGAUGUAAAUUGUUUUUUAUUGGUAGCUAUACUUGAUCACUUUUUUGAAUGUCAUGAAAACAGGUCCAGGUUGCAUUUUACCCAACAAUCAGAAAAUGUAUAUCUUCGUCUCUUGGAAAAUAAAGAUUUCCUCGACAUAAGCUAAUGGGGCUUUAGCAGCCAAUCAGAGCGAGAAUUGCUGAAUAUGUAAUGAAUUGAACCCUCCCACCAUCAUUGAAACCCACAGCAGCUCUGCUUGACCCGUGUAAAUGACUCUUAAAUAUUUGUUUUGUGAUUUAGUGUUAGACUCAGACCAUCAUAAAGGUUGUCCCUAUAAAGUGCCUUUUGUUCACAGACUCCAUCUUGUAAUCCUGAGUGCCCAUCUUAAAAAAGUUAAAAAAGUCCCUCCUGUAUCUUCUUCCGCAAGUUCUUCAAAGCAGUAUAUAUAGUACUAAAGCAAAUCGGUGUGACUUAGUUCCUCUUUUUAUUGUUGAAUAAUUAAGAAAACUGUAAAAAGACAAAAAAAAACAAUCUUUCUGUCUUGCUUUUCUUCCUCUGUAAUCUUGUCUUUUGCUUCCUUUGGACACUGGAGUAGUCUAUAGUUGCAUAGCCAUUUCCCUUCCCCUGCGGCCCUUCUCUCUUUAAAAUAAUAAAAGAGUAAUAAAAAAGCAAAAAAAAAAAACAUAAAUAAAUGAUGAAAUGUUGUCUGAGCAGAAUGCAGUUAGCUCACAUGUUAUUCCUGUCUGUAUGCUUCACCUUGUAUUCAUACCGAUCUUCCGCUUGUCCAUUGAACAGUUAAUGUACGUGAACAAUUUACGCCGGCGGGCUGUGCUGGGACGUCCCACGAAAGGAUAUUUGCUGGAGAAACAAGUUCGGACGACCGCCUGGGUACAGUAUAGGCGAAUUUGCAAUCCGUUCUAUUUAUUUCUUUCGUUUUGUUACAAAAUUGAAUUUGAUCGUUGUAUUGCUAUUACAUUGCGAACUUGUAUCGAUGACGCACCUUUCGAAUGGUUGUACGAGACCAGAUAUAUUUAAACUGUUGUUAAAAAGUUCCUGUUAAAAAAGCACCUUAUCACGGAAUGGUUAAAGCCCAGGGAAACAAACAGACAGUUUACGAUACAACAGCAAAUGAUUCAAAAGCCCAAAGAGACCAAAGUGAUGCAUGCCACAAAACCUGAAUUCAACUCAAAUCAUCACCAGCAGAUACCGACACGGGCUCAACGACAGACAAAAAGUAUGCGGUUUCACCUUUUAUAAAUCUAUGAAGCUAGCGUACGCAUGCAUAUCAAAGCCAUAGGCGCAGUUAGAAGAACAUUGUCCCUCCCUGGUACUGACCGUCCUUUUUAUUAUUUUCUAUUUUUUUCGUUAUAUUUUGUACUCUUUUGGAUGUGUUUAGAUUAGCGUGAACCCUCAGCAGCGUCGUUCGUGCUCGCUCCUCCGUACGCAGCAUCUCUCUCGGCGGACAGACCCAUCACAGCCCGCGGUGAAAUGCAUGUGUUGAUUACGAUUUCUUUUCCAUAAUAAGAAAAACAGUUUUGAAAAGAACGACGCCUUUAACUGUUUGAAUAAAAGGAUGUUCUUGACUGUAAA